GUGAGAGUUUCGCUUCACCUUCCUUAGGUUCCCCCCUCUUAAUUAGAAUCUGUUAUAUAGCUCUCUCUUUAAUCCAUUUUUUUCUCACCUCUGUCGAUAUGCUCACUUUCGCCGAUAGGCUCAACGCCCAGGUUGCUGACUCUGCAAUCGGACGAUGGUUUCGCCUAGAGGGCUCUGGUCAUGCCCGCGAGCGCGAAGGUUCACGUUUCAUGACAGAUGUUCGUGCAGGUAUAACGACCUGGGCGGCCAUGGCGUACAUCAUCUCUGUCAACGCUUCCAUCGUAUCCGACUCUGGGGGAACUUGUGUCUGUGAAGCUGCCAAUAACUGUGUCACCGAUGCGGCAUAUCUCCAAUGUAUCCAAGAGGUGAAACAAGAUCUCAUCACUUCCACGGCAGCCAUGUCUGCCCUUGCAUCAAUCUUAAUGGGCGCCCUUGCCAAUUUGCCUGUGGGUAUGGCUCCAGGGAUGGGACUCAAUGCCUAUUUCACCUACUCUGUUGUAGGUUAUCACGGCAGCGGCUUUAUCACCUACCGGGAAGCUCUGGCCGCUGUCUUCUUGGAAGGAUGGAUCUUCUUCAUUCUAUCCCUUCUCGGUUUACGUCAAUGGCUUGCUCGCAUUAUGCCGCAAUCACUUGUCCUUGCUGUAGGUGCUGGUAUCGGACUGUACAUUGCCUUCAUCGGAUUGACAUCCGGUGGCUUGAAUGUGAUUGGAGGUGACACCACCAACCUUGUUGGCCUUGGCGGCUGCCUUGAGUCAGAUUGGUUGGAAGGUCUACCAUACUUCUGUGGUAGUCAAGUUCUACGGAGUCCUACCACAUGGCUUGGUAUCUUUACCGGCGGUAUCCUCACGAUCCUAUUGAUGCUUUAUCGUGUCAAGGGGUCCCUCCUAAUCGGUAUCUUCAUCACUUCCAUAAUUUCUUGGCCACGAAACACUUCUGUCACAUACUUCCCACACAACGAAGCUGGUGAUCAGCUGUUCGAUUUCUUCAAACAGGUCGUUACUUGGCAUCCCUUACAACAUAUUGGUAAUGCACUAGAUUAUAACUAUGGUAAAGGAAAGGUGUGGUACGCACUAAUAACCUUCCUUUAUGUCGACAUCUUGGAUACCACCGGUACUCUUUACUCUAUGGUUAAAUUUGCUGGCCUUCGUGAUCCCGUCACCCUUGAUUUCGAAAACUCUACCAUCGCAUACUGUGUUGAUGCCUUCUCUAUCUCCAUGGGUGCACUCGCAGGUACAAGUCCCGUCACGGCAUUCAUUGAGAGUGCCACAGGUAUUGCUGAGGGGGGUAAGACUGGUAUUACUGCAGUCGUCACUGGACUCCUCUUCUUCCUCUCCGUCUUUUUCGCGCCCAUCUUCGCCUCCAUUCCACCCUGGGCUACCGGCGGCGCGCUCGUUGUCGUCGGCUCGCUCAUGAUCCGAAAUGUUCGCGAUAUCAACUGGGACUAUGUCGGCGAUGCUGUUCCUGCUUUCCUCACCAUUCUAUUUAUUCCUCUGUCAUACAACAUUGCGUAUGGCGUCAUUGUUGGCGUGUUCUCCUAUGUCAUCAUUAACGGCUUCGUGUGGAUUGUCUCCAAGAUCUCCAACAAUGCAAUCAUGCCACCCAACUACGACGCAUCCGAGCCCUGGGUCGUCCCCCCCGGCGGUAUCGUGCCCGCCUGGCUCAACGUCCUGUUUAGGCGUAACACCCGCAUCAUCGAGGAGUCGCCCUCAGAAUACCCGUUCCAGGUGCGCCAACGCCACUCGAAUAUCUCAGUCGACACGACGUCGCAAGAGAAUCCUUUGACACCUAGGAAGUCAGGUUUCAAGUUCACGAGUGAAAAAUAAAACGAGUUAUUGUUGUAGUGCUGCACCUAUCAUUCUCGAUUUCGCGAUAUCCACUCUGCUAUCGAU